AUGACAUCCGAGAACUUAAAAAAUACACCAUGUAAAUUAGUAUCUGUUCCUGGAUGUUUUGUUUGUUCUACUGAUGUUGAAAAUGUAAAAUAUCGCACGAAAAUCGUAGGGAGAACACGGGAAUUGCUGGAAAAUGUUUGUGAUAUUUUGUGUAUCGCUAAAGAGGAAGUGCCAUGCGAUAAAUAUUUGUGCCGUUCAUGCCUGAGACAAGUUAACAAGUGCACCAAACUACAACAAGAAAUUGAGGAUUGUAAAAGUCAUCUCAAGAAAGUUUACUUAAGUGAGAAUGAGAGAUUUAAACGGUGUUUUAUACCCACCGACGCAGAAACAUAUCCACAAACAGCCCCCUCAAAGAAAUCGGCUAGGCCUUCAACUAUCAACAACGUUGAACCAAAAAACUUAGUUUUAAAAGGAACGAACUUCCAAAUGAGCAAACUUCACAUCGAGAUCAAAAUCCAAUGUAAAAAUGCUACUAAGGAUCUGUCUGGUGUUCCAAAUCAACGCGCGUCUGAACUUUCGAGCUCAGUUUCGUUCAAUAACAAAGACCUUCCAGGAGCAAUUUGUGAAGUGCAGGUAAUAAUUAGUAAAGUGUUAAAUUUUACUAUUAAAAGUGUUACUAUUAACUAUGAAGAAUUAUAUAAUUGUUACUGUAAUCAAUUUUCCCGCCGUAAUUUUUUAUACGUUUUAUUGUUGACAGAUAUCUGUUGUUUACGAAAGUAGCACGAAAAUUACAACCUUAAAACCAGAACUUCAUCCGCUAGGUAAGGCGCUGGCCAGGAAAAGUAGUAAUAAAUCUAUUGUUGAAGCUGUCAUGGAUAAUCCUGAACUCAAGGACUACGUGUACGAGUACGUGUGUAAGAAAGUGUUUGAGGAAUGUAAAAGAAUAUGUUCAAAGAAGCAGUCAAUAAUGCGAAAACCAACAAAACUUGUGAGUUGA